CAGCGAGAAGGGGGUGGGGAUCUGUAACAUGCACACAUGCAACAUAAUUGCCACACAAUUCCCCUCCCAUGUCAUCUAUUGCCACUUCCUAUAUGUCACACGUCUGCAGCAGUAGCGACUCCAUUGUCCUGCUGUCAUCUGGCUGCAGCGCUCACUACAUAAACAUAGUAGAAUUAAUAUACAUUGUUUCUCUUGUAUCUGCGCUGUGUUUAUAAUAUCGCCGCUUGCACAUACAUAAGGGGCUAGGAUGUGAUGCUGUGUCUGUCAGAAGGUGCCCACUCAGCGAGUUUGGCGGCUUCCACUAGUGGGGGAUGGAUACCGUCAGGACCUCCAAUUGAGAUCACCUGAUGUCACGGCAGCAGCAGCAGCAUCUCCCAAACUGCUGCUUCUUUGUCAGGGGAAAUUCCAUUGCUGAGUGAGCUCCAGCCUGGGCUCCUGCACAAAGAACAAAGGCUGCGAGGGGACUGCACACGGCAACGUCAUGCCAGAUACACCUCAGAAAAAAUGGAGCAUCAGGAGUGGCAUUUCCCAAAACUUUGACCCCCUAUAGCUCGAAAACUGAGAGGCCUAGAGAAGAAAAAAUUGACAUGGAUCUAGAUGCAAGGAUGACUUUGAGAGGUCUCUAGAGAUAUAUCAGAGGUUGUGAUCUAUUACUCCUUUUGUGAGCAGCCAGACAGGUGACGUUGACGUUGGUAUAGACUCUGUGAGGAGGUGGAAAUCCUGCAGCAAAACAUAGGAAAUGGCUCAGUCCUCAGCACUGCGUACAGAAUAUCUGAUGUCUGGGAUGCGGACUCCCCCUGCUAGGAGGAAUAGCAAGCUGGCAACACUGGGCAGGAUUUUCAAACCCUGGAAGUGGAGAAAAAAGAAAAGUGAGAAGCUGAAACAGUCAUCUGCAGGUCUGGAGAAGAAAAUCAGCACCAGGCAGAGCCGAGAUGAUCUCAUCAAGAAGGGGCUGUUAGAGAUCAUAGAGAAAGAUCCUGAACCUAAAGUGUGUCCACUAGAAGAUGCCACAGGAGAGAGCCUCAGAGACUCCCCACCCCCUACAAGCCAGACACCUUACCCUGAAGAGACACUGCAAGAGUCUUCUACAGCAGCCUUAGGGAAUGUCAGCUCCUUGGACGAAGACCGACAAACAGACCAGGCAGAAGAGGAAGAAGGUAAAGCUCAGAUGAUGUUGGAAGAUGAGCUGAAGGACUCUGUGGAGAAGACAUUACAAGCCUUACUGCUCACCAAAUCUCUGGAAUCCCCGACAAUGGAGAGAAACACAACUGUCAUCAGCAGCCCUCCACUACUUCCAAUGCUCCAGCCAAAGGGGUCUUCUUGGGGGAACCAGUGUGUGACAGGUGCAGAAAUUAAAGACAUCACCUCCCCUCCCGCCAGCAUCAUGAAGAGUUCUGCCCCUGUUGGCUCCUCCCAUAUCUCAGGUCACACCAAUCUCUUCCAGCCGUCUGGCCAGAAAGCCACGGAAAACAACAAUCAAGUUGUGAGGGGACAAACCCCUACCCCAACAGGCUCUCCUCACCUGCCCGCCAUGCAUAUGCCUUUACCCCCCAGCCGAGUCAUUGAGGAGCUCCAUCGGGCUCUGGCUACAAAACAUCGCCAAGACAGCUUUCACGGUCGAGAAGUUAAAGCUUCUCCAAAGAAGAGGGUGGAAUUCCGAACAUCUCGGACCUCUAGCAUUGAGAAGAGCAGAGAAGGCAUUGCAAAUUGCCUUCUUGGUGACUUGGAGAAUAGAUGUGGGUCUGUGAAGGAAGCAGAGGAAAACAAAGAAAACUUGAUCAGGGAUUCCAGCCAUAAAGACAACGUGCUGUUAUAUGAGGAUGAAGACGAACUGAACAGCUCAGUUAUCUCUGGGACUUUACCAAGGAAAUACAAAAAGGAACUGCUAGCGGUGAAAUUGAGAAACAGACCCAGCAAGCAGGAACUGGAAGACAGGAACAUCUUCCCUCAGAGGACAGACGAGGAAAGACAGAUGAUCAGACAGCAAAUUGAAAUCAAGCUUUCAAAGCGACUGAGCCAAAGACCAGCUGUAGAAGAACUAGAAAGAAGGAAUAUCUUAAAACAAAGAAAUGACCAGACAGAACAAGAAGAAAGAAGGGAAAUCAAGCAAAGGUUAACCAGAAAGCUGAAUCAACGGCCGACUGUAGAUGAACUAAGAGAGCGGAAAAUCCUGAUACGAUUUAGUGAUUAUGUGGAAGUGGCGAAAGCUCAGGAUUAUGAUAGGAGAGCAGACAAACCAUGGACGAGGUUAUCUGCAGCAGACAAGGCUGCAAUUCGAAAAGAACUUAAUGAGUAUAAAAGCAAUGAGAUGGAAGUGCACGCCUCAAGUAAACACUUGACCAGGUAUCAUAGACCGUAAAAUGUUUUGUUUGGAAGACGUAUGGUCCUACUUUGCAGUUAACCACUGAACAUGUUCCACGAGGAGCAAUGGCGUUCAGUCGAGAAGUUAAGCGCUUGGCGCUCUGCUAUUGAGAGUGGCUGGGAGCAGUAUGGAGGGAUUGUCUGCUACUCUUCCUAACAGUGGAUGGAAUCGCAAUGAGUUCAAAGUGCGUGUCUGGAGACUGAUCAGCCCCAAACAGGGAAAGAAUCCAGCUCACGGAUACACAUGCAAAACAAAGGUGGUGUCGCUGACAGACACUGGAUGGAAACUUUUAUGGAGCUGUAUAUUGCAGCGAGAUGCUGUGCAUGGUGACAUCAUAAUGGACACACGGCCAGCACAUAUUUCAGUAUUACAUUGACAUGUCGCCUAAUCACACUUUCUUUGUAACUCUUACAGAUCAUGCCUCGGCAAAAUAUUUUCAUGUUUUAUAUUUUAUUUCUUUUUUUAAAAGAUGUCUUAAAACCUGUUACAUUUUCCUGGUUAAGCUAAUCUUAUUAAAAAAACAUAAAAAGCU